AUGAUUCGUACUGGCUUGGUGACUGGUGCUGCUCAAGGAAUAGGAUGUGCAAUUGCUCUUCGUCUUGCUAAAGAUGGUCUCAAUGUUGCUGUUAAUGAUAUAGAAGCUAAUUCCUCUGAACUUCAAAAAGUUCAACAAGAAAUCGAACAAAUUGGUCGAAAAUCAAUCUCUAUUAUUGCUGAUGUUUCUAUAAGUGAAUCGGUUGAAAAAAUGAUGCAAGAAGUUGCGCAAAAAUUAGGAAGUUUAGAUGUAGUAGUCGCAAAUGCAGGAAUUUGUAAUGCGAAAUUGCUCUUAGAUACAACUGUAGAAGAUUGGGAUAGACUUUUUGCAGUAAACAUGCGUGGUGUAUUUCUUUGUUACAAAGAAGCAGCUAAAAUCAUGAUUAAACAAGGUACAGGAGGAAAAAUCAUUGGUGCUUGCAGUAAUGCUGGAUAUAGACCAACUCCAACGAUCGGUGCUUAUUCUGCUACAAAGUGGGGUGUACGAGGUUUAACACAAGCUGCUGCUAUAGAAUGGGCUCCAUAUAAUAUUACAGUCAAUGCUUAUUGUCCAGGUAUACUUUUACAGCUUUUAAAUAUUAAAUCUAAGAAAUUUUAUCAGGCAUCAUUAUGA